AUGGAGGACAGGAACUUAUUCAGGCAAUCAUUGGAGUACAAUAGAAUCAGAAAUGCUAUCAAGAGGGUUUCAGAGCAAUCUUUGUGCCCAAUUUCCCAGCACUAUGGUUAUUUGCCGCAACAUCUUAAUAUUAAGAAUCCCUGCCAGAGAGGAAAUGCCGAGCGUGGUAUAAUACUCAAGCAGGGUUUUGAUCCUGGAGAUGUCAUAUACGACUUCCAUCCAAAACUUGAGGUGGCUGAGACCAAUCAGAGCUCAGAAAGUGCUGACAGUAAAGACAAUUUGUGUGCACACUGUUUGAAGAGUCUAAACAUAUCGAAAAUGGGAGUUGAGUGCGGUGGGUGUGACGGGUUCGUUAAAUAUUGUUGCGAGCAGUGUAUGGUGGCAGAUUUGGCAGUUCACAUGAUUGAAUGUUUGUACUUGAGAAGCUUUGAUUCUGAAGAGAGGAACAAAAUAUCCUGUGUUGAGCGCCUUAUUUUGAGACUCAUUAUCACGCUCGGAAGUGACGACACGCUGGUCCGACAAUGCCAGGAUCUUACAUCGCACCACGAAGUUUACUUAGAGGCUAAAAAGAGCCAGGACUUUAGCAAUUUAAGCCUGAGUCAGCAAUCUCUAUGUGAAGUAACCGAAGCCUACUCACUGGGAUUUCUCCGAUUCUUCGGCUGCCACCUCCAAGGCCUAAUCAAGUUGUGUUUUGUUGUUUAUGUGAACUCAACAGUUUUGCAAAAUUAUUACGAUGAGCCCAUUGGUAUCAUGUUUGACCCAUUCUUUUCGUUGAUAAACCAUUCGUGCGAGCCAAACACCAUUCUAGUGUGGAAAGGACGCAGAGCAGCACUGAAGGCGCUAAAGAAGCUACAACCAGGAGAGGAGUUACUGGUCAGUUAUUGUCCCGUGUUUAUGCCCAAGAGUGAGAGAGAACAGCAGCUACAAAACAGCUUUUUUUUUGACUGUGGUUGCAGCACAUGCACCCUAGAUUAUGAUUUGUGGUUUCCUAGCAACACUCUAACUGGGGGCAUGAAGUGGGAGACUGACAAGCUGGAUGGGAAAAUGAUCAAUGGCACAGAAGCAGAGAGGAUAGCCUAUCUAGAUUUAAUGAAGGGACUUCGAGAUGUCUACUGUCCCGAGGAGAAGAAAGGAGCCAAGAUCAUGCACAACAUCGCAACCUCAUUCAGACAGCUGGAGACACCAGAAAAAUCAAAUCUAAGCACGCUAGUUUACAAAAGCGUGCACCUGGUCCCCCGUCACAGCUGGCCAGUGUACAAAAUCAUGUGUCUUAUGAAAGCAAACACAAUCAACGAUCCUGUGGCCAACUUGCGGUUUACUAUGUUGACCAUCGAUAUAGAAAAUACAAUAGAGCAGCAUCUGAGCUACAAAGCGUCACUUGGAUUGGGUCUUUACGAAUUGUCUGUGUGCCUGCUGAAGGUGAUCAAGGCAAAAAGACGGGAGGAAGUCGACUGGAAUCUUGAUAUGCUAGUGGACUCCACCUUAGCAUUGGUAUUACAAGCCCACAAGCAGUUAAAAACCAAGUUUGGGUCCUCUUCGCUGCCGCCGUUGGCGGACCUGAAAAAUGUUGUAUCCGAUUUAAGGAGUCUGAAGAGCAUAGAUGUAAUCAACGAGGCCCAGGCGGGCCAGAAAUUGGAGGAGUUGUCGCAGCUACUACAGUGUGGAGUGAACUUAGUGUCAUUUUACGAACCGUUGACCCCGCAAGACGUGGCAGAUUUCAAUUUAAUUUUGGAAUCAGAGGCGUCUCUCAAGGGUGCAUUUGAGCUGUUCAUGGUGAGAUUUAUAGACCGGAAGCGGCGCUUGUACUCCGCAGCUGCUAGUCAUCAGUACACAAACUCCACUACAAGCUCUCUCGACUCCAAGACAAUACACUUUAGCCAUGAGCUCACUCAAGAGCCAAGUCGCUCUACAAAGCCCACAGCCACCCACUCUCUACGACAUACAACCACAAGGUACUCUUCUUACUCAAAGCUAUCAGCCUCAAGGAUGCCGAGCGGGGUGUCUGUGUCCUCCACCUCAUCUGAUGAUACCACAUACACGAGUGUUUCCAGAAUUUCGAGAUGCUGUUCCGCUAGCACCUUCCAGGAACUGGAAGUUACCACAUACGACUACACGCAGUUAUUUGUGGUCACUGAUUCUGACACCACAUUCACGACUAACGUCCACCUCACCACAGAAACCACAUUCGCCCCUACGUCCUCCUUUUCCAUAUCGAGCGCAAUUAUUACAACGGACGCCAACGCUUUUAGCAAGUUUCUGGGCCUUCAUCGUGCCUCAGCUCACCACUCCGUCCUCUCCACGGGAGCAAAGGCGGGUAUUGGGGUAGGCGUGGCAAUUGGAUUCCUUAUGGCCAUGGGCUUUGUGGUACUGUCUCUGUACCGUAGGAAAAAGAAAAAGCAAGCGUUUGGCGGAGAGUACGUCUGGGAUUCAGUGUCAAAUGGUUCUAUUCGCAAUGAUCACCAAAUGCAGAUGGCUCCUCUCCCACCACCUCCACGAAAAAGAGUCGUUGCUGCCUUGGAAGCCACGCCGCGCGAGCGACUAAUCGACGUGCUUCACGAGAACUCUCAAGAAAGUCUGGACCAGCAGCAAGAACAGCGGACAGGUACCAACACGACACCAAAGCGCUAUGACACCCACAUUCAAAACUUGACCAAGUUCAGGGAAACGAGCGUUCAGGACGUUGGAGACACCUUGGGCUCUUUUGCCCUGCGCGAUGGCCAGCUCAGGCCCCAGACGUGGUGGUCGGACAUUGAAAGCAGCGAAGAUAGCACUUUGAGCGGAAGCACAACGAGCGGAAGCGUACAGUCUGUUUAG